AUGGGAGGAGAGGCGGAGAGGGGGCAGGGGCAUCAGCGGGGCGACGAAAGGGCCGUGGAGGAAGGGGGCAUAGGCGGCGCCGCUGACAUUCUGGGCGGCCCUUGCCCUUCGGUGGAGGUGCCAGAUGCCCUUCGCACAACGACCCUCACCGCGGCUUCUGGCCGCGUUGCCUGCAUUCAGUCGCUGCCACAUGCGACGUUGUGGUGUGUUGCAGGAGCGAAGUCAGCAGCUGGGCGACGACAAGAGCCUUAG